AUGAUGACGACGCCGUCAACAAACCCCAAAGACCUCGACAGCAGCGCCACUCGUUCGCCCAAAAACCGCCGUCACCGUCAGAGCCAAGUGGCUACCGCCGUCAUCGCCGUCGCGGCGCUCGUGAUCUCCACCGCGGCUUGGCUCUCCCUCGUCUUCUCCGGCGCCUCUCAGCCCUUCACUGCCCCUCAAACCCUCACUCCCUCGCGCAAUCGCAGCCUCUCCCUCUCCCAACAGCAACAACAACCCAGACACUCCCAGGAGCUCACUCUAAACGACAUCGUUUUCGGCAUUGCCGGGUCUGCCCAACUCUGGAAGCAGCGCAGGGAGUACGUGCGGCUUUGGUGGCGCCCAAACGACAUGCGCGGCCACGUCUGGUUGGAAGAGAAGCUCCCCAAAAAUGACAUCGAUUUGUCCUUGCCGCCGAUCAUGGUUUCCGAGGACAUAUCGCGGUUUCGGUACACCAACCCGACGGGUCACCCGUCGGGGCUCCGAAUCUCCCGAAUAGUCUCCGAGUGCUUCCGCCUCGGCCUCCCCAACGUCCGGUGGUUUCUCCUCGCCGACGACGACACGAUUAUCAAUGUCGAUAACCUCGUCGCCGUUCUGAGCAAGUACGACUCGUCGGAGAUGGUUUAUGUGGGGAGUCCAUCUGAGAGUCACUCUGCCAACACUUAUUUCAGUCACUCCAUGGCUUUUGGUGGUGGGGGAAUCGCCAUUAGCCACCCUUUGGCUGAAGCCCUCUCUGAAAUGCAAGAUGAGUGUCUCGAGAGAUACCCAAAGCUCUAUGGAAGUGACGAUCGUCUCCAUGCCUGCAUUACUGAACUUGGGGUUCCCUUAACCAGAGAACCUGGUUUCCACCAGUGUGAUAUUAGGGGUAAUGCUCAUGGUCUGUUAUCUUCACACCCAAUUGCACCAUUUGUGUCCAUUCACCAUGUUGAAGCUGUUGACCCUUUCUAUCCUGGCUUCACCACUCUACAAAGCUUGGAGCUUUUUACACAGGCAAUGAGACUCCAACCCACCAGCUUUUUGCAGCGGUCUAUUUGCUAUGAUCAUAGACGCCGUCUCACAUUCUCAGUCUCGGUUGGUUAUGUGGUUCAAGUAUUCCCAAGCAUGGUUCUCCCUCGUGACCUUGAGCGCUCGGAGCAGACUUACUCUGCUUGGAAUGGGAUAAGUCACAGGAAUGAAUUCGAUUUUGAUACCAAAGACCCUUAUAGGUCUGUCUGUAAGAAGCCUAUUCUGUUCUUCUUGAAAGAUGUUACAAAACAGGAGAAUGCUACAUUGGGCUCAUAUGUCCGGCCUCGAGCAAAAGAUGAUUUCAAGAGAAAAGUUCUCUGCUUUCCCCGGUUCAGAGUUUUGCGCAAUCUGCGGAAAAUUCAGGUUUUGGGAUAUCCACUCACCAAGAAAUGGCAUCUGGUACCACGACGUUUAUGUUGCAAACUGAACCAAACAAGUGAGGAAGUCCUUAGACUAACAGUGGGGCAGUGUGCUAAGGGAGAUUUUGGCUCUAUUACUGAUUCUAAAUGA